CCAUCCCACGAAUAAUAUAUCCUCUCCUCCCCCAACUCACAUCAUACCCACCGGCCACCGGAAAAUUCAAAACAAAACAAAUGGACUACUACUACUACCGCUGCAACAACGGCGGCGACGGAGGUAUCCCAAACGGAGUUUCCAUUUCAUCUUCUUCAAACCCGCCGUCAUCGUCGAAAGUGAGGAUGAUGAGGAGGAGCGCUUCCCUUUCCCAAAGGUUCGUCGCCGGCGGCGGCGGCGGCGCGUCAGUGGACGAUCCUUCUCCUCCUCCUCCUCCGCCGGCGUCCACUCUGCUUAGGAGCUAUUCCCUCAAGAACCCGGCGGCGGCGGCGUCCAAGUCCUCCUCCGGCGGCAAGAACUUCGUCCGCAAGUGCAAGAGCAUGGCCAAGGAGCAGAAGGCGAAGCUUUACAUAGUGAGGCGCUGCAUAUCUAUGCUCGUCCGCCGGGAAAAGCACAGCGACGAUGACGGCGACGGCGAGGAAGAUGAUGAUGGUUAUAGUAUAUAAUAAAUGCAUAUCCGGUCCAGAUUUCAGACCUUAGAUCGGUGAAUCACGGUUUAAUCUUAGUCCGUCAGCCUUCUCACAUGUAGUCUCAUGCCUAUAUUUAGCAAAAUGAGUCAGUAAUAAGCAUUGCGUAGUUGA